UGUUGAUAAAGAUGCUAACUGGUUGCUGUGGUUUGAGACUCAGUUUAUUUCUAUUGCUGGAGACGAUCGACAGAUUGACUUUGAAGGAUUCAGAAAGGCACUUCAUUUAUCACAAUCUUCAUUCUUUGCUAGUCGUUUCUUUUCAAUAUUUGAUAAAGAUGGGAAUGGGUCCAUUAGCCUCAAUGAGAUGAUUAAUGGAGUCACUUUAUUGAUGAGUGGGACACAACUGGAUAAACUCAAGUUUCUUUUUCAUUUCAGGUUUUUAUUUCAAGUUUAUGAUGUUGAUGGUGAUGGUAGUAUUGAUUAUGAUGAAUUAAAGAUUAUCCUCAGAUCAUGUACCAGUGAAAGUUCACUGAGAAUUAAUGAAGAGAAUUUAGACACACUAACAAAUGCUCUGUUUGAUUUUGCUGAUGCUGAUAAAAAUGGGAGCAUUUCUUUUGAAGAACUGAAGAAUGUUUUUGAUAAAUAUCCAGACAUUAUUGACAACUUAACAAUCAGUGCUUCUAAUUGGCUUAAGCCUCAAAAAUUUAGUCAAAAUAAGAAACUUUCCGAGAGAUUUUGGCCUUUUUGGUUGUCAUGGAAUCGCAUCAGAAAUGAUUUGUCGUAUUUCAUCUUCUUAUCUGUGUUCUUUAUGAUUAAUAUUGUUCUGUUUGUGGAGGCAGCAAUCAGAUACAGGGAAUCAAUGUUUCUAAUAUCAAUAGCACGAGGAGCUGGUGCUUGUCUCAACUUCACUCCAGUGGUUGUCCUUAUACUGAUGUAUCGUCACAUUGCUACACUUAUUAGAUCAACAAGACUCUCUUUUCUAUUUCCACUGGACAA